AUGCCGGCACCUUACAUGUUACACGAUCGGCUGUUUUCGCAAUUAAGAGAGUUUCUAUUAGAAGAUACGAAGAGAGUCGGAUGGAGUUUAGAAAGAAUCGCACAAGCUUUGAAAGAUCGAUAUCGAGAAUAUCAACGACAGAAGAUACGACCGUUUACUCAUUCUGUAGAAAAAGCGUACAAAGUUCUGCUAAGUGAUAACGAAUUCAUCGCCACUGUUUCAUCGAAAAAUCAAACCUUACAGAAUGAAUCGUCUUCGGAAUCUGGAGCGGAAUGGGAUGAGCAAGCAACUCAUCGUCCUAAUACUAUGAAUCAAAUGGUCGCUAAUCUCUAUGCAAACAACACUGCGGCGUCAUCAACUACUCCUGAAAAUUCCACGACUGCAAUGGACACAUCGGCCAAACCUGACGACACGAAACGGAAACAAACGAGCGAAAAGCCCACGAAGAAAGUAAAAAGGAAACGACCGAUAGAAUCUCCAUCGGCCAACGACAUUGAAGGCCCUGAUGUCGAAUACUCGACGAUUACAUUCGAAGAUUUUGCUGCAUCUGAUCAAUUUAAAGAAAAUUUAAUUCGUCGAAUCUAUUUCAUCUUACGACCGGAAUGUUUUAUCCAAAAUGGAAAAACACCGCCGCGCGGAUUUCUUUUACACGGGCCGCCUGGUGUUGGAAAAUCUCUUUUAGCUCAGGCUUUGGCGGGCGAAUUGAACUUACCGAUGUUGAAAACAACAUCGACCGAACUAGUCUCAGGUAUAUCCGGUGACUCCGAAUAUAAAAUACGAAAGUUAUUCGAUCAAGCAAAACGUCAUUCGCCGUGUAUUCUGUUUAUUGAUGAAAUCGAAGCGAUUUCCCAACGUCGUGAAUCAGCUUCGAAGGAUAUGGAAAGACGGAUUGUUACUCAAUUAUUAGCCUGUCUCGAUGGUAUGUAUCAAAUCACUACAUUGAAUUGUCUCCGAAAAGCUCCUCACAUAGAAUUAUCUCAUUCGCCAAUGACUCGCGUCAUCAUUAUUGGUUCUACUAAUCGACCUGAUUCACUUGAUCCAGCGUUGAGACGUGCUGGUCGAUUUGAUCAUGAAAUUGCUCUGGGAAUUCCGAACGAAGUUGAACGACGAAGAAUUCUAACAAUGAUGUGUCGAAAGCUAACUUCACUUGAUCCUCAGUUUCAUCUCGACGAGCUUGUUUUGAAAACGCCUGGUUUUGUCGGUGCUGAUCUAAGUGCAUUAAUUGACGAAGCAUUGUUUGCAGCAUUGAACAGAAAAAUGAAUUCUGACGUCGAUACAAAUCAGUCGAUGAUUGAAUGGGUGAAACAGAAAAUUCAUGAACCCGAAACCGAAGAACAAACAAGUGCGAGUUCACAUGUGAUCACCAUGGACGAUUUUCGAAAAGCAUUGAAAAGUGUCCAACCAUCAAGUAAACGAGAAGGUUUUGUCACAGUACCGGAUGUUACAUUUGAUGAUAUUGGUGCAUUGAAAGAUGUUCGUGAAGAAUUAAGCAUGGCAAUCCUAGCAUCCAUUCGUCAUCCGACUCUAUAUGAUCGAUUUGGAUUUGUUCGCUCACCUGGAGUUUUACUGGUUGGUCCACCGGGAUGUGGAAAGACUUUACUUGCAAAAGCAAUUGCUAAUGAAUCUGGCAUCAAUUUUAUUUCAGUCAAAGGACCGGAAUUAUUGAAUAUGUACGUGGGUGAAAGUGAGCGUGCCGUUCGACAAGUAUUUCAACGCGCGCGGGAUUCCAAUCCAUGUGUGAUAUUUUUCGACGAGAUUGACGCACUGUGUCCGCGUCGAACGGCUCACGAUACUGGAUCAACAGCACGAGUAGUGAAUCAAUUACUAACUGAGAUGGAUGGCGUGGAUCAAACUACUGCAAGCAAACGCGUUUAUGUCAUGGCAGCAACAAAUCGAAUGGAUAUUCUCGAUCCAGCUAUUCUUCGUCCAGGCCGUCUUGAUAAACACAUAUACGUUGGACUUCCGAAUGCUCAAGGACGACUUGACAUUCUCAGGACAAUUACCAAAAAUGGCACUCGGCCUCCUCUGGCAUCCGAUGUUAAUCUACAGUUGAUGAGUGAUGACGAACGAUGUCAUGGCUAUACGGGAGCUGAUCUCGCUGCACUGAUUCGUGAAGCAUCGGAAAUUGCGAUGACAGAUCAUAUUUCUAAAGUUCUACCACCCGAAGACGCUUGCGUCCAUCAAUCACACCUCGAUCGGGCAUUCAGUAAAAUUCUUCCAUCCGUAUCUGAAACGGACCGUCGACGAUAUGAAGACCUACGUCAGUCAUGUCUUCGUUUACAAUAA